GCCUGCUUUGGCGCGAGCUGCAAAACACAAAGAGAUUGAUUUCAAAACACCAGUAACUCACAGAAGAGUUAACUAUUCUUCAUAAAUGUAUGUAUAAGAUCUUUUAAACUCUUAAAUUGUGAUCUGUUACGAUAGCACGGCUGCUCUGUUUCUGUAUUUGCAAUGAAAGUGCACCGUCACGCUUCACAAGACAACCAACAAGACAUCAUUCGCAUCACCCAAACUCACUGGCUUCAAGACCUUUUUCAGAAGUGUCACGGACAAAAUGACCACUCAUGCGGGGAACCUGGAGACGGACAGCACAUCCAAAACACAGGUCUAUCCAAAACACAACAGGCUAAAACGAGCAAAAACAUCAGGGAAUUUUACUGACUAUGGGCAGAUUAAUCCAAGACACGUGAUUGAUAUCACAGGGUCCAGCAGCUCUUGUGAUGAUGUUAUUUUCAUGAACUAUAAAGGCAAACUAUCUGCAGACAUGGUCAUGAUAAAAAAUUAUAAAGAUAAUUCACUUCUUGUUCCUACAUCACCAGAACUUCUCAAAGGAAACUUAAGGGAGGAAGGAGAACAUCCUCAGUCAGGGGACUCUGUAGGCUUUUCUAUGCAAAAUGAGGUGCCCACAAGGGGAUCUCUAAAACUAAGUAAAUUGGCAUUGAAGAAGACUCUUACAGAGGUGUCAUCUAGUAGUUUACACAUAAACACAGCUCAGGCUGCUUUAGGAAAUCAGCACGCCUCUAUAGAAUCGACCAACAUCAAGAAAACCCACAAAGAAAUGAGAUCCGGCUGGAGAAAGGAAUUUACCAGUGAAAUCUGCAGUGAGAUUCUGGAAGAGAUUCAGAUGCGCAAUUUGCAGUUCCCUGUCCACAAGUUCUUCUCUCUUCUCCGGAAGAAGAGAACUGCACCUGAGGAGGGGAGCUCUGGUUUCGAGUUGGAAAAAACUGAAGAUUCCAAGCAUUCUUCAGCUGCCUAUAUCCAGAAAAAAAGAAAAAAAGAGCUUGAAGAGCAGUCAUGUGAAGGGAUAUCCAAACGUCACAAAACAAACCAAAAGCUAAACAAAAACAUGAUUAAGUUGGAUUCUGAGCGAUUUUCAGAUGCUUUGGCUCAGUCUUAUGCAAAAUCUAGGAACAGACUGAGCAGAACAAAACGCAGACAGCAACAGACUGUAUUCUGUGCUGUAGUCACUGAACCAAAACAGACUACACUACAAGACCCACUGCACGGUCAACGUCAAGGAGAGGAUGCUCUCUGGACCGAUAAAUAUCUGCCUCGACAAUCUAGUGAAGUCAUUGGCAACUCUGCAUCAGUUGGGCAAUUACACAGCUGGCUAAACGAAUGGAAAAUAAGAGCAGACAUUGAGGAAAGGAGAAGACGACAAGAAGAAAGGAGGAUGAAGGAGGAAAACAGUAAUGAAUCAUGGGACUGUGGUGAUUUUGAGGGUGAUACUGUAUCUAUAGACCAAGAGCAGGAGCUGUGUAACACAAUGCUGAUAAUUGGCCCAUCAGGAGUGGGCAAAACAGCUGCUGUGUAUGCUUGUGCACAGGAACUUGGAUUCAAGGUGUUCGAGGUGAAUAGUUCAGUCCUGCGCUGUGGUCGUCUCAUCCUCUCCCAGCUGACAGAAGCCACUCAGUCUCAUCAGGUGGCUGUACAGAGAAAUAACCAAAGCAAAAGUAAACCUCCUGUCCACACCUACAAUAUGAAAAGUCCUUCUCGUAAGGAAACCCAUAGAAAGGUUAUUCCAUCAUCCAAGGAGGCUUCUAUAAGUUCUUGUGCUUCCUGUAAAAUCAGUAGACCACAGCCAGUUAAACUCACACAGUUCUUCAAAAUGAAUUGCAAAAAAUCUGCAGGCAAAACCUCUGAUGGUCCUGACUGGCACACACAUAAUGCUGUCAAACCAAAACCUGACUCACAUCAGGAAUCAGGGUCUGGCUUUAAGAACAGUGACCAGGAGACCACAGAUCCCUCUAAAGACCAUAUGACUGUCGGACAAAGCAGGACAAUACCCAUGUCACUUAUAUUAUUUGAGGAGGUUGAUGUCAUUUUCCCUGAAGAUGUAGGAUUUCUUGCAGCUAUUAAAACUUUCAUGAGCACAACCAAAAGACCCAUAAUACUCACAACCAGUGACCCAUUAUUUAGUGGAAGACUUAAGGGGCAUUUUGAUGAAGUCCAUUUCAAAACCCCUUCACUGCAAACCAUCAGGAGCUAUCUGCAGUGUUUGUGUGUGGUGGAGAACAUGAGGACUGAUCCAGAUGAUGUGGCCUUACUGCUGUGUCAAAAUAAAGGGGAUAUCAGACAGAGUAUUCUCCAGCUUCAGUUCUGGGUCUGUAGUGGCGGAGGGACCGCAGAACAACAAAUUCUCAAGAACGCACUCAAAUGUGGUUCCUGGACUGAGCUGGAAAACUGUGGGCAUCUGGAGAUGCUGGCAGACAGGAUGGGAGAAGGUCUGCUUUAUUCGAACAUUGACAGUCUCUUUUCUAGACCCGAUCAGCAAGAGUCAAUUAAUGCCAAGACUGAAAGAGAAAAACCAGCCAACAUCUUGACUUUACAGAGAUCUGUGCAUGAAGUUAAGCCAGACAGGCUAUCUACCUGUAGAAGAAAAAACCCAAAAACUAUUUGUUACCCAAGUUCAGAUCUCAGACUCUUCUCAUUGACUGAGUCUUAUGAGGCCUCAUUCCCCUCAAAACAAACUGUUCUUUUGGCUUGUGAGACUGAAGAUGUCCUUGAACAAGAUACAUCACUCAAGGUGGUGUUUCGUUAUGCGGUUUGUAUAGCAAAGUUUUUCGAUAACAUGUCUUUUCUGGAUGCUUACUUACAAAGACCAUCUCUUAGUGGAACUGGUCUUUGUAAACCAGAACCUCUUGGUUGGAUGGGUGCCACGCUGAAGGACAGUUUAUUGGACCUACCAAGAGAGGAGCAGAUCGGACACUGUGGUUUAGAAAACUGCUCACAGAUACUGGCCGUGGUGGUAGGUUUGGGUUUUCAUCAGUGCCGGACUGGGCUCUCCAAGAUGUGGACGGAAGCCACGAGACUGAGGGAGACGUUGAGUUCAGAGACAUGGGAAAACAUUAUAAGAGCCCUUUCUCUGCCCUGUCAUAAACCCCUCAGCAUAUGUCCAUGUGCACUCUGUGAAUCAAGUGUUGUCCAAAGGCGUAAAGAGAUUAUAUCCACAGUGUUCUCCAGCAAAGAAUUCUGUUGUCAUGGUAAUAAGCGUGCUCUCUCCAUGGACUACCUGCCUGCUCUGCGUUCAAUCUGUAGAUCAGAGAGGGUAAAAGAACAGAGCACAUACAGACAUUCACAUUACCUCUCACGCCUUCACCUGCCUAGCCGCACUCUAAAACUAAUGACCUUGGAUUUCCCUUGAUGUGUGACUGAUAUCCUGGUCUGGAAAAUCUUCCAGGAUUUAAAUGUUUACUGUAUUGUGACAGCAAUGAAACUUUUGCUUGUGGAUGGUUACAGAAAUAAAUUUUGUGUCAGAUAUAAUGUCUCUACAAAAAUGUGACAUCUUCAGCGAUAAAAAAAUAUAUAUUUUCAUAAGAUUUUAAUACAAUAUUUUACUAAAGAUGAUGGAAUUUUCUCCACUACCUUAAAUCUGUCUACUCUAUAUUGCCAAAAGUAUGUGGCCAUAUAGUCUAAUUCACCAGUUUGGUUAGACAAACCUUAAUGCUACAGCAUUCAGUUGCAUUCUAAAGAAUUGUGUGCUUCAAAUUAUGGAACAACAGUUUGGGAAGAGCCCUUUUCUAUUCCAUCAUGACAAUGCCCCUGUGCACAAAGUGAGGUCAAUAAAGAAAUGGUUUACUGUGUCUAUCCUUGCAUCUAUCCCCUAUCUGCAUCUUUUACUUUUAGCUAUGUUAUUACAUGCAGCAAUGGCGUAGAUUUGGUUUGAACAUUAAAAGGGAUUAAGUGUGUGUGUGUGUGUGUGUGUGUGUGUGUGUGUGUGUGUGUGUGUGUGUGUGUUGACGGAAGUAUUUCUGGGGGAUAUGUGGACGCGAAGGGAAGCCCUAUAAUAAGAAAACUGAUAAAAACACACACACACAAAAAGGAGGUAAAAAGAGACACUCCAAUCUAAAGCACAACACCACUUAUACGCAUCCCAAGCUCAGUGAUGUGAAGUGUAAACAGAGUGCUUCAAAAGUGCGUAAAUGUAAGAUUACU